AUGAGCUCUCUAAACAAUGGAGCUGCAGGCAAGAAAUUUGUUAGACGUAAUGAGAAACUUAAAGCCAGUACAAACAUUUCAAUAGGAGGAGCUCUUGAUAUUCUGAGAAGUCAUUUGAAUGUAAAAGAUGAAAGACCAACUAUUCCUCUUGGUCAUGGCGAUCCUUCUCCUUUCGGUUGUUUUAGGACUACGCAUGUUGCUGAUGAUGCACUAAGUAAUGCAGUUAAAUCUGCCAAGUUCAAUUCCUAUGUUCCUGUUGGUGGCAUUCUUCCGGCUAGAAGAUCAGUAGCUGAAUAUUUAUCUCGUGAUCUUCCAUACAAAUUAUCCCCGGAGGAAGUUUUUCUCACAAGCGGUUGUCGACAGGCAAUUGAAGUUAUAAUAUCCGUCUUAUCUUAUCCUGGUGCAAAUAUAUUAAUACCAAAACCUGGGUACCCCCAUUAUGAUGGUUGUGCUUCUGCUAACAAUCUCGAAAUCAGGCAUUUCGAUCUUCUACCUGAGAAGGCUUGGGAGAUUGAUAUUGAGGCUGUUGAAGCUCUUUCCGAUCAAAAUACAGUAGCAAUUGUGGUCAUAAAUCCUGGAAAUCCAUGUGGAAACGUAUACACGUACGAUCAUUUGAAGAAGGUGGCUGAAACUGCAAAAAGGCUUGGAAUCCGGGUGAUUGCUGAUGAAGUUUAUGGUCAUCUCACCUUCGGGAGUAACCCUUUUAUUCCAAUGGGAGUAUUUGGAUCCACAGUUCCUGUUUUUACUCUUGGGUCCAUAUCAAAGAGAUGGUCAGUGCCGGGUUGGCGACUUGGCUGGCUCGUCAUUACGGACCCAAAUGGUUUUCUGAAACAGGCAGAGAUUCCUAGUUCCAUAAAGCAAUACCUCAAUAUGAGCAAUAAUCCAGCAAGUGUUAUUCAGGGAGCAGUUCCUCGAAUUCUUGAGAAUACACCGGAAGAUUUUUUUAAAAAUAUUAUUAGUUUGCUUCGUGAAGCUCUUGAUAUUUGCGCCGAGGAAAUAAAGGAGAUAACUUGCAUUACAUUGCUCCAUAAGUCACAAGGAUCCAUAUUCGUAAUGAUAAAGUUGAACACUUCACUCCUCAAGGACAUUACCGAUGAUUUGGAUUUCUGCAUUAAGUUGGCCAAAGAGGAAUCUGUUAUUAUUCUCCCAGGCGUUGUACUGGGUCUCAAAAAUUGGCUCCGGAUAACAUUUUCCAUUGAUAUACCUUCUCUUAAAGACGCGUUAAGGAGGAUAAAAUCAUUUUGUGACAGGCAUGCCAAGCCACAGUAG